CCGCGAUAAAAACCGGCAAAGCCUGAAAAUCAUAUUUUGUACAGCGACGAAACGAUACCGCAAGGGAUUGCAUAGUCUACUAGAUGGUUGUUUGAGCCGAAACCGUUUCAGUGUUCGUCUUAGAGGCACUUUCUCUAAAAGGCACUUUUAACGAGAUCCUGUGAAAACACAGAAAGGAACAUUCGGUGUAAUGUCUUGCAUUUGAUGGAAUAGCGAAAACAGUAAGUGUAAAAUCAAACAAUAAUCUCUCGGCACGUUUGUAGAGCGUAAACAGAGCAGCGAGAACAUAGCUCAGAGAUGACUCAUCCUGUGAUGGGCUUGGCAUGAUUACGGUAUUUAGUCGUGAGCUCCGUGAUUGAAACACGUCCGUGGAGAGCCUUGUCACUAUGGCCUGCACCAGUUGUGCGAGAUCGUUUGGAUUUUUCAACAAAGAGCACGGCUGCCCGGUUUGCAAAUAUUCGUUCUGCUCGGGCUGUCUAAAGCACAAACUGGUCCGUGACGGAAAAAAGCUGAGCGUUUGUUUGCGUUGUGUUAAACUGUCCUGCACCAGCGAUGAUGUCCCAAAAUCCUCUGCCUCACCAAAAGGGGCCUUAGUUAGCCAAACAACAAGCAAGCCCAAGGAGAGCGAUGCAGAACGAGCAUCGGAGGGGUCAUCCGAGAACGAUGACCAGCUUAUAAGAAGUAAACUUGCGACACUGAAAGUAAACGACAGUGAGGAUCCUGGUGUGACUGACCCAUCGCUGCCGUGCGCCGAGAUUGGAGGAAACAUUGACAUCGAGCGACGGUUAGCUGCCCUGAAAGGCGUCGAUUAUAAGGAUUACACUAAUGCACCGCAGCACUUUAUGGCUCCCGAUCGCCGGACGGAGGAGCAAAAAGUGCAGGAUUUGCUGGGACAAUUUGCGAACGAGACCAAACUUGAUGGCGCGCUGGACAGCCGUCGUACAGAGCAGGAUGAGGAAAUUAUAAAACGAUUGCAAGCGCUCAGAGAAUUUCCUGUGGCUGGGCAGACUGCUGGUGGUACGCAGAAGAAAAUUAAACCACUGCCGCAGAGCGAUUCUGAUUCCGAUAGUUUGAAAGACGAAGAAAUGGCACGCAAGCUGGCGGCAAGGUACGUUGAAGAAAGCAAACUGGACUCAAACAUGCGCACAGGUGAUACUCCUGACCGCACGCCUAGUUCCGGUUCCCUGCCGGAGGAUCCUGACGCUCCUUUGCCGUGGUGCACAAUAUGCAAUGAGGAUGCCGUUCUUCGGUGCCGCGGGUGCGAUGAUGAUCUUUAUUGUAGGUCGUGUUACAAGGAAUUUCACUACGACGAAGAUCCGCAGGAGCAUCGAACCGUCCCCUUUGUUAAUAAAGGCAGAGUAUCUUGAUGUGUGUAACUUACAAGUAACUCGAACCGCCUAGAAGUCAUCGUAAAUCUGUUAUGUCGUAUUAUAAAAUAAAGAAACCUUAGACCUG